CCCGCCGAGUGAGAUGAUUUCAGUAUAUAGCUGAGCAACGAAGAGUAAAGACAAAGAAAAAAAAAGAAAAACAAGCGAAAUUAUUAAGAAACUCAUUAUAUUAGAAAUUAUUUUUGAUCGACGCCAUGUCUCGCACCGGAGCAGUUUGUGCGUUUUGUCUUUAUGUGUUGGCCCUUGUUUUUGGGCUUUUUGCGCUCUUUAUUCCAUACUGGGUAUCUGGGAAGGUGGAAGGAAUGAGGACGGUAACAGUUGUGAAAGAAAUAGACAGUGGAUUAUUUAAAGAAGUGAACAAGUACUAUAUGAAAGAGGGCAACAUUACCGACGACUCGGAUAAUGGCUUUCCAGAAAUUUCAGGAACAUACAUAUACCAAAAAACAGUUGAAUUGGUGAAAGCACUUAUGAUUGCCGGCCUUUCAUUGUUGUUUAUUCCACUGGUAUACCACGCGACAUAUAGAUGCUGUUGUCAUGACGAUAAAACAAGCGGGACUACCUCGGCCAUAUUUUACAUCGUUAUGUCAUUCAUAACAGUUGUAUCAGGUGGAUUUAUUCUAAGCUGCCCCCUUAUUUACUUACGCUCACGUGAAAAGAGGUGUCGAUCCCCCACGAUAUUAAGUUUCGGUUUAAGCCUAUGUUACUUGGCUUUUUAUAUCAGCUUGAUUCCAUUUAUUGCUUUGGACUUUG